CAGAUGAUAUGACGUUUAAACCGCGGAUAGGCCUAACUCACUACAGUCUGUCCAACAAUGAUUUUCCUUGAAUUUCACAUAAUCUCUGGUCUCUGCCCCACCCUGAGAUCCAAAAAUAUCUUAUGCUAAAUCUGCACCAUAAACCGAUCCUGCAUUUGCAUUUUAAGGGUCGAUUGGAUUGGAUUGCUCAGUUCUGAGAGAUCAUUUGUGAAGAUGGCUGGAUCGUCUUGGCCUUCUGAAACUCAGUUAAAUGGACUUAGACAGAUAGUUUCAGAAAUGGCUGGGACAGGUAGGAAAGAAGUUCGGGUUGUUGUUUCUCCUUAUCGGAUUUGUCCAUUGGGAGCUCAUAUUGAUCAUCAGGGCGGGACUGUAUCAGCUAUGGCAAUUAACAAGGGGAUACUUUUAGGUUUUGUUCCUUCUGGUGAUACUCAGGUUAUACUGCGUUCAGGACAGUUUAAAGGUGAAUGUAGGUUCAGAGUUGAUGAAGUUCAAUUCCCUUGGAAGAGUGCAACUGUUGCUUCCAAAACAGAUGAGGAAAGCAAUUGGGGAAGUUAUGCAAAAGGAGCCUUAUAUGCAUUACAGAGUAGACAAAUCUCCCUUGCCCAGGGUAUCAUCGGAUAUAUAAGUGGUCCUGAUGGUAUGGACAGUUCAGGCCUUAGCUCUUCUGCCGCUGUCGGUGUAGCUUACCUACUGGCUUUGGAAACUGCAAACAAUUUAACAGUGUCUCCUGAAGAAAAUAUUGAGUAUGAUCGGCUGAUUGAAAAUGAAUAUUGGGGCUUACGAAAUGGUAUAUUGGAUCAAUCAGCCAUAUUGCUUUCGAGCUAUGGUUGUCUAUUGUGCAUGAACUGCAAGACUAAAGAACAUAAUCUUAUACACCCACCAAAACUGGGGGAGAACCACGAUACUGAGUGGCAGGAAGCAUACAAAAUAUUAUUGGCAUUUUCAGGGUUGAAGCAUAAUUUGACCGUAAAUCCUGGAUAUAAUCACCGAGUUGCAGAGUGUCAAGAAGCUGCAACAGUCCUUUUGAAUGCAUCCGGAGAUGGUGCAGCAGAGCCACUCCUAUCCAAUGUUGACCCAGAAGUUUAUCAAACUCACAAGCACAUAUUAGAACCUACUCUAGCAAAGAGAGCAGAGCAUUAUUUCUCAGAGAAUAUGCGGGUUAGCAAAGGACUCAAAGCUUGGGCUUCAGGCAGGUUCAAAGAUUUUGGAAUGCUCAUUUCAGAAUCUGGCCUAAGUUCUAUUGAGAACUAUGAAUGCGGAUCUGAACCGCUGAUACAAUUGCGUGAGAUCCUUCUAAGGGCUCCUGGUGUGUAUGGAGCACGGUUCAGUGGUGCUGGAUUUAGGGGUUGUUGUGUUGCACUUGUAGAUACUGAUCAUGCCAAAGAAGCUGCAUCAUUUGUCAGGGAAGAGUACAGCAAGGUCCAUCCUGAGUUGGCUAGUCAGUUAAACCAAGACACAGCAGUUAUGAUAUGCGAGACCGGUGAUUGUGCCCGUGUUAUUUGAUGACUGUCUGUCAAUUACAAUUAUUUGUUCAAUUAUCUCAGUCCUUGUAUUAAACUUUUGAAAUGAAGCGUGAUUAGAACUAGCAAAUACGAAUAUAGGAUACCGGGAAUUCAAAAGAAGGCUUCUACAUGGACAACAUGAGAGCCUGUUUGUAUCUAUCUAGUUUUACCUUUUGUUAUUGUGGUGGGCCUUGGAAUAUGGUGUGAUGAAUUCUUUGGUUCCUUUGACACUGA